UUUCCGUGACCCCUCCACAAAUCCUUCCGUGUCCGACACCGCCAUCCUUCUCCCUCAGUUCCCGGUGCAGGACACACACAGGAUAAAAAAAUGCUGUCAGUUCGCUUGGCAGCGGCUCUUGUCCGCAAUUUACCUCGAAGAGCUGGAUUUGUUUCCAAGAACUUUGCUGCUGUGUGUGUAGGGGCCAAGAACCUGCACACCACACAUCCAUGGCUGCAGAAAACAGGCACAGCUGAAGUCUCUUCCAUUCUGGAGGAGAAGAUCAUAGGAGCUGACACCAGUGCUGAUCUGGAGGAGACUGGUCGUGUGCUGUCCAUCGGUGAUGGUAUUGCUAGAGUGUACGGUCUGAGGAAUGUGCAGGCAGAAGAGAUGGUGGAAUUCUCCUCUGGUCUGAAGGGCAUGUCGCUGAACUUGGAGCCAGACAACGUUGGCGUUGUGGUGUUUGGUAAUGACAAACUGAUCAAAGAGGGUGACAUAGUCAAGAGGACAGGCGCUAUUGUGGACGUGCCUGUUGGUGAGGAGCUUCUGGGCAGAGUUGUUGAUGCUUUGGGAAACGCCAUCGAUGGAAAGGGCCCUCUUGGCUCAAAAGUUCGCAGGCGUGUGGGUCUGAAGGCUCCUGGUAUCAUCCCUCGCAUCUCUGUGAGGGAGCCAAUGCAGACUGGCAUCAAAGCUGUGGACAGUUUGGUCCCUAUUGGACGUGGACAGCGUGAGCUCAUCAUUGGAGACAGGCAGACGGGCAAAACUGCAAUCGCCAUCGACACGAUCAUCAACCAGAAGCGCUUCAACGAUGGGACGGACGAGAAGAAGAAGCUGUACUGCAUCUAUGUCGCCAUAGGCCAGAAGAGGUCCACGGUGGCUCAGCUGGUGAAGAGGCUGACCGAUGCUGACGCCAUGAAGUACACCAUUGUGGUGUCUGCUACAGCCUCUGAUGCAGCUCCGCUGCAAUACCUGGCUCCCUACUCAGGCUGCUCCAUGGGGGAAUAUUUCAGAGACAACGGCAAGCAUGCGCUGAUCAUCUAUGAUGAUCUCUCCAAACAGGCCGUCGCCUACCGUCAGAUGUCCCUGCUGCUCCGCCGUCCCCCCGGUCGCGAGGCGUACCCCGGAGAUGUCUUCUACCUGCAUUCCCGUCUGCUGGAGAGAGCUGCUAAGAUGAACGAUAACUUUGGUGGCGGCUCCCUCACGGCUCUCCCUGUGAUUGAAACUCAGGCUGGCGACGUGUCAGCCUACAUUCCCACCAACGUCAUUUCCAUUACAGACGGACAGAUCUUCUUGGAGACGGAGCUGUUCUACAAGGGUAUUCGUCCGGCCAUCAACGUGGGUCUGUCUGUGUCGCGUGUUGGAUCUGCUGCUCAGACCAGAGCUAUGAAGCAGGUGGCUGGAACCAUGAAGCUGGAGCUGGCCCAGUAUCGUGAGGUGGCUGCUUUUGCCCAGUUUGGAUCUGAUUUGGACGCCGCCACCCAGCAACUGCUGAACCGUGGCGUGCGUCUGACCGAGCUGCUCAAACAGGGACAGUACUCUCCAAUGGCUAUCGAAGAACAGGUAGCAGUGAUUUAUGCGGGUGUUAGAGGACAUUUGGACAAAAUGGAGCCAAGCAAGAUCACCAAGUUUGAGAAGGCGUUCCUGCAACACAUCCUGAGUCAGCAACAAGACCUUCUGGCAAAUAUUAAGGCUGAUGGUAAAAUCUCUGAAGCUUCUGACGCUAAGCUCAAGCAGAUUGUAUUGAAUUUCCUCUCAAGCUUUGAGUAAAGUGUCAGUUUUUCCAUCUAGUUUUUGUUGUGCAGCAACAGCCACGCUGUCUAUGAAAUUAGAAAAAAAACAAGUGACACUUGAUCAUUAAUGUACAGAUAUCUUAACAGGAAAUAAAAUGUUCCAACAACA